UCAACCCUCCCAGUCGACCCGAGCGAGAAUCUCGAAACCCGAAGCGCCGUGGUGCGAUACCUUUGUCUGUCUUCCAACAACACCCAGAUAGACCCGACUCGCAAUCAUGGCUGUUGGAAAGAACAAGCGCCUCUCCAAAGGCAAGAAGGGCAUCAAGAAGCGCACUGUCGAUCCCUUCACCCGCAAGGAUGAGUACUCCGUGAAGGCCCCCUCCACCUUCCAGACCCGCGACGUCGGCAAGACUCUGGUCAACCGCACCAGCGGUCUCAAGAACGCCAAUGACUCCCUCAAGGGCCGUAUCUUCGAGGUCUCCCUCGCUGAUCUGCAGAACGACGAGGACCACGCUUUCCGCAAGGUCAAGCUCCGUGUUGAUGAGAUCCAGGGCAAGAACUGCCUGACCAACUUCCACGGCUUGGACUUCACCACCGACAAGCUGCGCUCCCUGGUCCGCAAGUGGCAGUCUCUCAUUGAGGCUAACGUCACCGUGAAGACUACUGAUGACUACCUUCUCCGUCUGUUCGCCAUCGCCUUCACCAAGAGACGCCCCAACCAGAUCAAGAAGACCACCUACGCUCGCUCGUCUCAAAUCCGUGCCAUCCGCAAGAAGAUGACUGAGAUCAUUCAGCGCGAGGCCGCGACCUGCACCCUGUCUCAGCUCACCCACAAGCUCAUCCCCGAGGUCAUUGGUCGUGAGAUCGAGAAGUCCACUCAGGGCAUCUACCCCCUCCAGAAUGUUCACAUUCGCAAGGUCAAGCUCCUGAAGUCGCCCAAGUUCGACCUCGGUGCUCUCCUCGCCCUCCACGGCGAGUCUGCCACUGAUGACAAGGGCCAGAAGGUUGAGCGUGAGUUCAAGGACACCGUCCUCGAGUCUGUUUAAGGGUAUUUCAUUUGGAAGUGGUGUCAAAUACUGGUCAACCAUGGCAGUCGUUGUCUUCUGAUAUAGGAAAACAAAAAAGUUCAUGACAUGUAUG